AUGGGUGGCGGCGUGUCCAAAAACUCGAUGAGGAGCUCUGGGCCGAGCGCCAUCCACUCAGCCCGGAAGGCUACCGACGAACCCACCGACCACAAACCACCCGCUGCCCCUGCAAGUGAAGGCCGUCGCGAGUUCACCAAGCAGCCAACUUCGAUUGAUGCACGCAUUGUCGCCACUCUGCGUCAGCUCAAUCUGACUCGCCGUGCAGAUCCGAAGAAGGGCCGAGCUACCCACUUCGAACGUAUUGUUCUCCAGUUUGCUCUCGUGAGGGAUGCCUUCACCACCAUCCGCAGCAUCUACAAGCAAUUUGCUGAUGCCGAGAAAGAUGGCCUGGACUUCGAGGGGCUCAAAAGCGCCUUGUCCGCCAUGGGUGCGCAGAUCAAAGAGUCCGACAUGUCGGAGCUCUUCUACGAGUCGGACAUGGUGCGGGACAACUCGCUGAGCCAGAACGAGUUUGUCGUGUCGUUAGCCAUCGCCCACUUGCUGGGGCUUAUCACCAAUUUUGACUCCAUCAAGAACUCGCUUGUGCACGCCCCGGAGGAUGUGACGCUCAUAACCCCUCCUGAGGAACAACCUGCAGACCAAGGAAACGCAUCCAAGCUCAUCGCCAAGGCGUUGGAUCUCAUGGUGACGGCCUACCUGCUCUUCGACAACGACGCCAGCGGCACCAUUCAAACGAGCGAAGUGUUGGAGCAAAUGCGCCAAAACACGACCGGCGCGAAUUCUCCCAGGCGUCUGGAGCGUGUGUCCAGUGGCCUAUCAUCCAAGGCCAUACAAGACGAGCGGAUAAAAGAGCUGGACUUCGACCAAGACGGCACGAUCACAUUCCAAGAGUUCGUGCUCACCUUCCAGCGCUGGGCAGUGUCCGAUGACGACGACGAGUGA